AUUUCGUUAGUCGUCAAAGUGAACUACAAUCAGUUGGAAAAUGUCUUAACUAUAACAGUGAUCAAAACAUGGUGUUGGGGAAGAUUAUCAUUCGGGUAGUUUUCGCGAUAUGCUUGCUUUUGCUCAUAGUUACGGACUAUUCCGGAAUUUUGCACAAAUUGAUUGGUGGAAAUAGGUCUGAUGAUCACCAUGUGUCACCCCGACCAACAAAUCCUGGAUACGGGGAUUCCAAGACUGAUAUAGACAUAGACGCUGACAUCGAAGAAGAAUCUGUCAAACAUUUAGGAUCUCAAACAACAAAAUCAAAAAUAGUGAAGACAAUUAAAAAAGCCUGUCUGCCAAAACUGAUAUGUGAGUUAACUGCUUCGACACAGAGAGAUAAGUUAACGGAUUCAGAAAAGUCAUUAUUAAGUUUACUUAGAGAUACAACUAUCAGUACAACUGCCGAACUGACAUCAAAAUACCAUUUUGCCGCCCAUAUGGGCCAGCUAAUAAACGGAGUCGACGGAAACGGUUGCCAUAACUUUUAUCCUACAUGCCCCUUCCCAGGAUUGCAGGUCCUUCAGAUGAUGAAAAAAGUCAGGAUGCGUUAGAAUCUUACGAGGAAAGGAAAUCGUUACAGAACAUCUGCAAUUUCGGAAAAGCGUUUUCUUUUAAUGAUUCAGUUUUUUUAGGAUGCAAUAGAGAAGUUUAUGAUAUAGAUAAAAUUAAUAGACUUUUCCGUUGAUUACGGGGUGUUCCGAUGGGCUCGUUCUAAGAAAUCGUCUAUUCCGCGUUUGUUGGAGCACCUGUUUCAUGUUAAAUUAAAUAUCCAGUGUUAUAUCAGAUAUAAUAUACUAGAACAAAAAUAAGUUUGUUCAAAUUAAAAAAAAAUUGCCGUUUUUCCAAUAUAUUCUUUAUUUAUUCUUUCUCUUGAAGUGUUAUAUCUUGAUUAAUAUCAAUAUGAAUCAGUUAAUCCUAUUCAAGGAAAUGUCAAACUGUUUUAUAAAUAUUAUUUGUAUUUUUGUAUUAUGAAUUGUAUUUGCGUUUUUAUGUCCUGUAGAUAUCUUUAAAAUCAACAUUAUUACUAGACGGUAUACACAAAACAUCAAGUCGAGAUUUACAAUGUUUUAUAUCACAGUUUUUAAAAUACCUUUGUAAUUUUUUUAUUUGCUCUAUUUAUCUCUUUGAGAGGAAAAUACUGUAUGAAAAUGUUCUAAACUAUAUUUGGACUUUUGACGUAGUUAUGCAAGAAGGAACCAACCACCAAAAUAUAAAAUUU